UCGAGAGAAAGCACAAGAACCUCUCAUAGCAGACACCAAACAAAAAUUCUGCUGCUCACAAAUCAAGAGUCACCCAAAAAUCAACAAGAAGAACACAAAGUUUAACCAAGCUUAUGCUUGACAGAGAAGAUACAGCCGUGGAAGUGGUGAAAUCUGUCUUUUUAUCUUUAAUAAUUCCAAAACAACUCGAAGACCAGACAAGCAAAGAAUUAAUCUUUUGACUUGGUGACUGGACUUUCAAUGCUCCAAUGCCGGUGGAGUAACAUGUUGAUGUUGUCAAAGAAAUUAAACGCCUUGACACUGCAGCUAGUCUUAGCUUACUUUAUUAUCUAUCGUUAGGGCCAAACAACUAGGCGAGGCACAGAAAUUCCAUCGCACUUUUACUUAGAAUUCCAUGGCGGUGAUGAAGGGACCAAGGCCAACACCUCCCGGUAACAUGGCAGCUAGUUUUCUUGACAUGUGUCCGGUCAUGUCAUUUCGGUUACGACGUUUCAUGUCCUCCCUCGUGUUGAUACUCUUGUCUUCCCUCGCGGUUUGUUCAGCUUUCCUGUCAGAGUUCCAACGCCAGCAAGAUAGUACCAGCAACAGCUCACCUGUUUUGCAGGCGUCACAUCGUCUUCUAGCUAACAUUUGCCCAAAAAUGGACGCUGAAAAUAGCAGUGAAUGCUCAAAAAAGGUUGUUGAAGUUUCACAAAUUAGAUGUGCAUUGGCAUUAUUGGAUGCUAACUUCUUUAAUGAUACUAAGGUGCUUGAGAUUGCAAAGGCUGCAAAAGAGUUCAAUAUUCCCAUAGUAAGAGCCAACAGAAAGUUAGUGGCUUCUGCUAAUGGUGGCCUGCAUAAUCCUUCUCCUUUGGUUUUUAAUCCUGAGUGGAGCAAGGAGCAAUCACAAGGCAAGGCCGGUAGAUUUAAUCAUCCUUUGACUCUGGGCAUUCAAAGACCAAAGAAUGAAGAAGAUAUAGCCUUCAUGAGUGUUCUUGAGCUAGGAGAACUCAUCAAGACAAAACAGAUUACUUCCGAGGAGCUUACAAGAAUUUUUCUGAAGAGAUUAAAGAGGUACAAUCCAGUACUUGAAGCUGUGAUUACUUAUACUGAAGAUUUAGCUUACAAGCAAGCUCAAGAAGCUGACAAAUUGCUCUCCAAAGGAGUGUAUUUAGGACCUCUCCAUGGCAUCCCUUAUGGAUUGAAGGAUAUAAUCUCAGUACCUCAUUACAAUACAACUUGGGGUUCAACAACUUUCAAAAAUCAAAUGCUUAACAUGGAAGCCUGGGUAUAUAAGAGGUUAAAAUCUGCAGGGGCAGUUCUUGUUGCAAAGCUUGUUACUGGAUCACUGGCAUAUGAUGACAUCUGGUUCGGUGGAAGGACUAAGAACCCAUGGAAUAUUGAGGAAUUCUCUACAGGUUCAUCAGCUGGGCCUGCUGCCUGCACCGCAGCUGGUAUGGUUCCAUUUGCAAUUGGUUCAGAAACAGCUGGGUCCAUUACCUUCCCUGCAGCUCGGUGUGGAGUGACAGCAUUGCGGCCAACUUUUGGCACAGUUGGAAGAACUGGUGUAAUGAGCAUAUCAGAAAGCUUGGAUAAGCUUGGUCCAUUCUGUAGAUAUGCUGCCGAUUGUGCAGUUAUUCUGGAUGCCAUCAGAGGGAAAGAUCCUGAUGAUCAGUCAUCAAGAGACAUUCCCUUUGGUGACCCAUUCUCAGUUGACAUCACAAAGCUUACAGUUGGUUAUCUUGAAGAUGCUGACAAGGAGGUUGUUCAUGUGCUUGAGUCGAAGGGUGUUAAGAUGGUUCCUUUCAAGCUGAAUUAUACUGUCAACUCUGUUCAAGGUAUCCUAAAUUUCACAAUGGAUGUUGACAUGUUGGCCCACUUUGAUGAAUGGCAACGCUCUGGGAAGGAUGAUGAGUAUGAAACUCAAGAUCAAUGGCCUCUUGAAUUACGUCGGGCACGUGUAGUUUCAGCUGUGGACUAUGUCCAGGCACAAAGAGCUCGGGGAAAGUUAAUCCGAGACGUGAAAGAAAGUUUUACUGUGGAUGCAUUCAUUGGAAAUGCAACUGAUUGGGAGCGAGUAUGCAUGGGAAAUCUUGUAGGUUUGCCAGUAAUUGUUGUACCGACUGGGUUCACUAACAUAUCUAAUCCACCUUCAAAUGGUACUCGUAGAAGAACCACGGUCAACACGGGCAUUUAUGCUCCUCCGAACCAUGAUCACAUUGCAUUAGCAUUGGCAAUGGCUUACCAGUCUGUCACAAAUCACCAUAAGCAGCGCCCUCCCAUUGAUGAUCUUGGACCAAAUGACACAAUUCCGAAUCCGCCCACAGUUACCAUCCCUCCUAGACGCUAGCAUCAUAAAGAAAUUCUAUAUGCAAAAGAACUUGAGUGCUUACUUUGCAAUUCUCAAGCCAGCUCCAUCAUUUAACGUGAUGUUGAAGAAAAAUCUCAUGGAAAUGGAAUGAUUACUGAUACCCCCUCAGUAAAGCUAGAGGCAGUUGAAAAAACCUCUGAAGCAAAAAGGAAACAAGUCCCUGUUGUGGUUCUUUUUCUCUGUUUCCUUCUUUUUACCGUCUCGUGAUUCUGUUUUUGUGAUGCUGAUUAAAAAUAUGGAUAAUCUUCCCUCCGCAAGCACAAGUAGAUUCCCGAAACAUGAAACAGUAAUUUUAGGCAGGAAGUUAUGCAGGCGCUAUCCGUGUCCCUCGCGCACCAACUUUAUUCCUUUUGCCCAUGCCGUCUAACAAUGAGAAUCCACAAAUAAGCAUUGUGGCCGCCCUUGCCUUUUCUUUCAGGGACAAGUAGUUUAGAAUACUUUUCUAAGAUUGUAUGUGUUUACUUGCUUGGAGUCAACCACGUGUUCAAUGUGCUGCGCAAUUGAACUAAAAGGUAGUUCAGAAAUUCUUCACGGCCCUGGAAGAGGUUGAGAGUUCACUUAUUUA